AUGGGCAAACGCAAGCAACACGACCUGGAUGGCAGAACAUUAGAAGGCGGAGGCCAGCUCAUUCGAAUCGCAUACUGCCUAUCUGCACUUACUAGAAUCCCGGUCAAGGUCGAGAAUAUCAGAGGCAAUCGCUCCCGUGGAGGUGGCCUCAAAGCGCAACAUCUUGCCUGUGUUCAGUGGCUCGCACGUGCAAGCAAUGCUCAAUUGUCAGGAGCAGGCACAGGCAGCAAGACUCUGCUCUUCACUCCGGACAAGAGCACUGCAGAUCCAUCUCCCGCAUUCACCAAGAAGACUCUUCAAGAUGGCAACCAGGCCUACGAAUGUCGCCUCGAUAUCGGCACGGCUGGGAGCACAGGACUUGCUCUCCAAGCCAUAUUGCCGUUCAUCCUCUUCUCCCCCCUCCCAAGUCCACUCCCGAUCCACCUUCGAAUCAGCGGCGGCACCAACGUCUCCGGCUCCCCAUCCUUCGAAUACAUAAAGCACGUCCUCCUCCCAACACUAUCUCGCCUCGGCUUCCCAGAAAUCACCGCAACCCUCGGAAAACGAGGCUGGUCCCACGGCGGAGCAAGCAUAGGAAACUUCACCCUCGAAAUCCCACCUCGACCAUCCCCCGUGCUCCCAGCAUUCACAUACCGGCCUUCAAACCCAACCCUCUCAAACCCCUCCUCCCUCCGCGCAAUUUUCCUAGCCCCAAUCUCCUGCCACCAAGCCUUCACCACCGCCCUCAAAACCUCCCUCACCACCCACUUCUCCACCUCCUUCCCCCUCGGCCACGGAAAUCUCGCAAUCCAACACCAAGAUUCCCAAAACGACAAGAGAAUCUACUUCAUCCUCAUCGCCCGAGUCCCACAUCCCGAAGCUCCUCAAGGAUCCUACAUUCUUGCUCGCGACUGCCUAUACGAUCAGAGGAUCCGGAAUGGUGAUGAAGCUGCUGCGGAGAUGGCGGAUUCCGUGACCAAGGAUCUUGUCGCCGAAUGGAAGUCGGGAGGCUGGGUGGAUGAGCACAUGCGUGAUCAGCUGGUGAUUUUCCAAGCUCUUGCCAAAGGGAAGAGUCAGGUUUUUCCCGGCGUCGAUGAGCAUGGUGAUGAGCGGGAGCCCAGCUUGCAUGCGAGGACGGCCGAAUGGGUGUCGAAACAGAUUUUGGGCGUGAAGUUCGAUAGCGAGGGAAGUUGCGAGGGUGUGGCGUACGGUGACGAGGAUGAAGGAGCCGAUGAUCGAUUCCUGGAAGGUGUCGAAAAGCUUCAGGGAUGA